CAAGAAAACAAACAUCAUGUGCUGUAGGCUUAAAUUUCCCAGUAUAGAGUUCAGUGUGAAGGGGAACGUGCAGAUAUAUAAAGAUACGUAUCAAAUGAUUUUAUCAAUAGUGCCAGAAAAUGGGUGCAGUUAAAUAGUCUAAGAAUGGGCGCAAAUAACAUAUCAAACAGUUAUUCGAAACUGUUUACAGUGAAACGUCUGUGCGAUCAUUUUCAGUCUCUCUCUGUAUAUAAAAAGAGAUAAGAGACAGCACUGAAAAUAGAAAAAGUAAAUAGAUAACUUGUGUUACGGGCAAAAGUUUAAACAUGCAAUAGUGAUGUUAACUUUUGUCGAUAGUUCGUAAUAAUAUGAUUGCUAAAUAUAAUGGCAAUUAAAUAUGGACUCGUUAAUGUUAUCUGGAAUUAGAAAUUAAUCUUAGCGAUGUUUAAUGUCGUUAGUCUUCCAUCUAGGCUACAUUCUUCGUUAUUAUUGCUCAUUGCAUAUCUUAUUGUUACUCGUUUCCGGCAAAUUUAAUGUGUUUGAAGUGCUCUGGAUAUGUCAGAACACGUGGAAUUGCAACAUUUAGUUGAUGCUGAAGUGGAAAAUAAUACAACAAAUAGUAAAAAAACUUUACCUAUUUCAUUAUGCAAAUCAUGUCCUUACUUGGGUUUGGUACUAGCAACAUUAUCAUCUCUGUUCUUUUCAUUAUGUAGUGUUAUUGUAAAGAGUUUAGUAGAAGUGAACCCUAUAGAAAUGGCAAUCUUUAGAUUUAUAGGGGUGUUAUUACCAGCUGUACCAAUUGUAAUUUACAAAGGUGAACAUCCUUUUCCCAAAGGGCAUAGACUAAUACUUAUUUUAAGAAGUUUUAUUGGUACAACAGGGCUUAUGUUAAGUUUUUAUGCAUUUAGGCAUAUGCCAUUGGCUGAUGCCUCUGUUGUCGUGUUUUCUGUUCCUGUAUUUGUAGCAAUAUUUGCACGAAUAUUUUUAAAAGAACCAUGUGGGCUAUUUAAUGUUGUUACUGUAUGUUUAACACUGAUUGGUGUAAUAUUAAUAACGCGACCACCUCUAAUUUUUGGUCUCACUAUAGAAUCUCUGUCAGAUGGUCAUAUUAAACCGGGGCAUGCAGAUUUAUGGGGUGCUGUGGCUGCUUUCUCAGCUACUUUAUUUGGUGCAAAUGCAUAUGUUUUAUUAAGAGCACUAAAAGGUCUUCAUUUUUCUGUUAUAAUGACAAAUUUUGGCUCCUUUGCUUUAAUACAAACUACACUUAUAUCAUGGGCUAUUGGUACAUUAUGUUUACCACGCUGUGGUACAGAUAGACUUUUAGUUGUUGCACUUGCAUUGUUUAGUUUUGCAGGUCAAAUUUUACUGACUUUAGCACUCCAGAUUGAGCAAGCUGGCCCAGUAGCCAUAGCAAGAUCCACAGAUAUUGUUUUUGCCUUUUUUUGGCAAGUAUUAUUUUUUAAUGAAAUACCAAAUCGAUACUCUGUAGGAGGUGCAAUAUUGGUCACAAGUUCAGUUUUGUUAACGGGGCUAAGAAAAUGGGCACUUUCAUUACCAGAAACAUCUAGUAUCAAAAAGUCUCUUGGAAUUUUGGUGAUGUGAACUAAUCUUAUUAUUAAAAGAGAUGAAA